AUGGCUCAAUCGACCGACCAGGUGGUCGACCAAGUCGCCCAGCUCAACGCCGCUCGAAGCCUCGUCCUUGGCGAUGCCGCGCUCUACCCGCAGAUUGUAAACGGUAUCCUGCCCAUCGUCGGAGCCAACGCCAGACUGGAAUUGCGAAGAUGGGGCGCGGACUUUUUGGCAGAGACGUUUGCUAGUCCGAUCCUAGCUACGGCGCAGAAGCAGCAGCUUGCGCCGACCGUCUUGCAAUCGAUUCAAGAGACCUUAGCUCUGCCCGAGACGGAUACGGCAGUCUUGUCGAGCUUGGUGCAGACAUCUGCCAGCUUAUACCCGCUGAUUUUUCGCCAUAUUGUGAAUCACCCGGAAGAUACCAAGACAUGGGAAACCAUGAACGCGGUCAAACAAGAGAUCCUCCGGAAAAUGGACUCUUUCCCAUGCCCGGUCAAGAUUUGCUGUGUCAAGUUUCUACAGCGCGUCGUCCAGGUCCAGACGCCUGGUUUGAUUGCGGACCCUAGGGUAUGUUCCGCAAGCCGCGUCCCCCCGGAUCCAGAUGUCCAGGAUACUAAAAUCCACCAGCGACCCGAUCAAAACGAGACGUCCUUGGCCGUUGUCCCCCGGACCCACGCCCUGCUUGCUAUCCCACACCUAGAGGCCGAGGCAUCUGGUUUACUUGACCGGCUACUCGGGGUAUUCCAAGAAGAGACAAGUGACCCCCUUAUCGUCAAUGCGACUCUGAACUGUCUCGCGCCUUUGAUCCGCACUCGCCAGUCGAUUGCGAACAAAAUUAUUCAGACGAUUAUGGACUUCUAUCCCUCUAAACAUGUCCGUCCGCCAUUCACUCCUACUGUCCGUGUCGGCGUCAAGUCCAUGGAACGCACUGCCCGAGCAUUGCUGUUCAAUGUAAUGAAGAAGAACCCCAGCCACCCACUGAUGGGGAAGAUGCAAGCGUAUAUCGAGCGCAUGAUGCAAUCUCGACUUGAGGUCACUGAAGAUGCCUCUCGGAAGCGUGGACUGCCCGUUGAGCCGACCGAUGGCCUGGAUAAUGCUAAGCGGGCCCGUCUUGAUGCCAUGACACCUCCGCUGCUCAACAUUCCCCCUCUGCCUCCAGGCCCGACCAGCUUUGAUCAGCUGUUCACCAUCACCCAGGAUAUCGGUCUGUCCUCCUUUGAUGUGAAACAGUUGCCUCCCGAUCUAGUGGUGAAGAUUGCGGUCCCACUACUAUCUCAAGUAAACCCGUCGUUGCUUACUCAGGCUGUCGAUGCUAUACGAAACCGAUAUCAGACUAUCACGAAAGAACAAAACUUGAAGCGGCAACAACUACACCAAGCCGCUACGGCUGCGGCUGCAGAUGACGACGAUGAUUACGAGCCUGACUAUGAACCCCUGGAUGUUGGAGCGAAUGUUUCAGAGGAGGCCGCUGCUAUCACAGCAGAGGAUGUAGAGUUGGAGCCCGAUCUGGUAUCCUUGGGGCCCUUCGUUCUGCCUCAACCACCAGCAUUGACCGAGGAGGAAGCAGGUGAUGUAGGUCGCAGCGCAGUUUCGCGGGUAUUCAGCAUGAUUGAUGCUGUCGAAACAACCCCAUCGCCCGCUCAGAGCAAGAACCAGCAACAACCGGGUUUCGCACGACUAGCUGGAAGUACCUUUGACCGAGAUGCCUGGGUUAUACUUCUUACUCGUUUGGCCACUCGCGCCCCAGCUGGUCUGGAGGGCGGUGACAAAGCUAAAGGGGAUCUUGCUGGUGGAAAAAGACAAACAACUAUCUCGGAUUCGAUCCGCGAAACACUGUACCGUUAUAUUUUGGAGGAUUUCCGCGCUCGACUCAAGAUUGGAAUUACCUGGCUCAAUGAGGAGUGGUACAAUGACCGGGUUCGCAUGAAAGCGGCCAAUUCGGAUCGUGGUGAUGAAGACGAGGAGCCCACCGUUGCGCUUUAUUAUGAUACCUGGGUUCUGCGUCUUUUGGAUGGUUUCCUGCCAUACCUUGACUCCCGUGAUAUCAAGGUAUUGGUGCGAUUCCUUAGUGAGAUUCCAGAGGUCACCAUCGCCAUUACACAGCGGGUGGCCAGUCUGGCUAAAGAUCCGGAACGUGUGAAUCUUACCGUGCAGGCCUUGAUGUACUUGAUCAUGUUCCGGUCCCCUGCCCGGGACAUGUGCCUUAACACGCUCGAGGACAUUUACCAGACUUGUAAGACCCACUUCCCCCCCCCCCCCGAUCUACCCCAACGGAAAUGGUCACUGACAAAGAAUCUCCCAGACGAGGAAUCACGCCCCGCAGCUGGCAAGGUCCUGGCCAGGUGGCGCCCCCAAGCACUUCCUGCGCCUGCUGAGACGGCCCCAGCCCCCUCUGGUGCCGUAGAGUCUGCACCAGCCGCUCCCCAGGCAGAG